GUCGCACGCGACAGGUGGUGGCGCGUCGCCGUCGCGCAUUUCAUUGAUUCAUUCGCUCGGCGUGUCCAGACGUGCGCGGUGCUCUGUCCACAGACGGGCCACUCUCGUCCGAAUAAAACAUAAUAUAGUGCAAAAAAAUUUAAUAUUGACGAUCCCCCGAAACGGCAGUCAUCAUAUAUCUGCAGAUAUAAUUAUUGCGUUUUCUUAUUUCGACCGUCCGCCAUGCGAAAUCCGCCACCGCCGCCGAUAGUGUUAUAUUAUUAAUAUUAUCCUUGUUCGUAUACCGCGGUUACCGCACGCCCGCGAUACAAAACGGCGGCACCGCGUUAGACGACCGGAAACAGACAGCAUGAUCAGCUCGUUUCAGAACUUCAGCGGCGCCGCCGCCACCGCCGCGUACAACCCGAUGGCGUACAGCCACCACGCUGGCCACGGACAGCAGCUUCACUCCGUGUACGGCGCCGUGGCCGCGGCCGCGCACCAGGCCGCCUACAACGCGGGCCAGCAACCGGUGGCAUACCACCCGGCGGAUUACGACUCGCCGGCGCCACCGCCGCAGCCGUCCAGGUACUAUGAAUCGCCMAACAGGCCGCCGAUGUCCACGCCAGAACCGCCGAACCGCAAGAAACCCGUUCCGCAACAGCCGCCAGUCCAGUUCACCAGAGUGCAAGGCGGAGUGCCCGGCGAUACUGUAUUGGUAUUUUGGACUGCUCUUUCGUUUGCCUUAGGAUAUGAAAUUGGAGGAGAUGUGAUUCGUGGAACUCCGUGUAUUAAAAGAAAUCACCAAUUGUUUUGCCCGACGGCAGGAAAAAGUUACCCAGUAGACCGAAUCGAUAGAUUUAUCGAUGAAAAUAAAGCGCUCAUGAAAAGAAUGUAUGGCGAUUUUGAAAUGAUGGAGAACGGCCCGUUCCCAAAGUCAAAAAGAUCAACAGCUCGAAAAAGAAGACAGCAGGACUCCAGUUUUUCGGACAACCAAUCAAAACCGAAUAAGCUGCCGACCAGAGGCCAGCCUGCAGAUUCUGGAAGAUUAUAA